GGGUACUGGUUUAUUGUUAAUUAUUGGUCGUGGAAAGCGUGCAGUGCAUCAAACUUUCAAGGAGUUUAUUACCGGUUGGUCUCUCUCAUUGUUUAGGGAUGAUAUUACGGGUUUGCCCUUGUCGUUGAAAUUAUAGUAGACUUAGUUUGUUGCCUAAUGAAAUUAUAGUUUUUUUUUUUUUUUUUUAUAGUGUCAAAUUAUUUGUUUCUCAGUCAUCCAUGUCUGACCAAUUUUAUUAAUUUUUUAAAGCUUCAGAUGUCUGCCUGAAUUUACUCGACGAAUUCAAAAUGUUCAUGAUACACAUUUGGGUUCUUCCUGUAUUUAAAUUUAUAAUUUCGAGUUAUAAAAUCUCAUUACAUAAACCAUUUAAUUUGUGGGUCUUUGAUUAUGAUUUAUUUAUAAAAUUUUAUUAUUUUUAAAUAUUUUUUUAUGAUAAAGUCAAGUUGGAAGUCCGGAUACUGAAGACUGAAGUUGGGUAUAUUUAUGUGUUUUCAAGUUUGAACUCCAAGUCGAUGCUAUUGUAGUCACUUCAUGGAUAAGUUAAAUUUUCAUUAUUUUCCAAGUGGGAUAGCAAUAUGACAUUGCAUCAUUUGCCAACCAUCCUUAACUUUGUCAACAAGAGACACAAAACUGUUUCAAGAAAGAAACUAGCAAACCCAACAACUACCUCACCUCCUACACAAACCAUAACAAAUGGAGAAGCAAAUAACACAGAAAAGAAUCUCUUCCUGUGCAUCCAAAAGCCAUCCCUUUUUCUCUCCAUUCAUCUUUCUCCUACAAGACAUGCCAUAUUUAAAAGACCCUUCGCAUCAUCUUCCUCAACGGAAACCCAGAAAAAACACAACACGAUCAAACCCUUAUCCUCUUUCCUCAAAGCUAUGUCCCUGGCUCAUCGCCCUCGGAUCACAGUUAAUGGAAACAGAAGAAUGAGGACAUUUCAUUACUUCUGGUGCCAAAGUUGCCAAAGAACCUCAAGGUUCACCUCCAUUAACCCCCAUGAAAACUUCUGUCCGCAUUGUUUUAGUGUGCUUAACCAUGAGCUUGACAUUUCGAGGCCUAGGCUUAACGCGAACCUAACAGAGCUAGAGCCUUCUCCAGCUGCAAGAUUGUUGGACUCAUUAGCACUGAUGCUGAAUCCAUCUAUGAGGCAGCAAUACACUGAAUUCGAUGGAAGAUUAACCAGAUGGGACACCGAAAGGGCUAAUGCACCUUGGAUUACCCUCCAGUUUCUUGACCCUCCUCGCCCUCAGAGACCGAUGAAUGCCCUUACUGACAGUACUGCUGCUGCUAACGAUGGAAAUAACGACAUAUUUGAAAAUGCAGCAAACGAGUUUGUUCCCAACAAUAUGACUGAUCUUGAUCGACCAGGGCCGCCUCCUGCGCCUGCUUCAGUUGUUGAGGCAUUGCCUGUAGUGAAGAUUACACAGGAACAUUUGAUGAAGGACACACAUUGUCCUGUGUGCAAGGAUGAAUUUGAGAUUGAUGGAGAGGUGAGGGAGUUACCUUGCAAGCAUUUGUACCAUUCUGAUUGCAUUGUUCCUUGGUUGAACUUGCACAACACUUGCCCAGUUUGCCGUUUCGUGUUGUGUGAGGGUUCUGAGAGUUACAUCCAGCAACAAAAUGAUCAGUUCUUUGGACUUGAAGAGGUGACAAAUAGCAUGAAUUGGAUUAGGAACCAAUUCCUUUCUCUAAGGCCUGUUCGUGCAUUUUCAGAUUGGACUCAGAGGUAUCUUGAUUUCUUGGAUAGUAGACCAGUGGCAACUUCAAGAAGAGCUAAUUCCUGGUGGCGUACUUGGCUCAUAUUUUAAGUUGAUGUUGCAAUUGCUACUCUUCCUGAGACCUGUACUUAUUAGCUCUAUGAAUUGAAUCAUUGCUUAGUUAGGCAGGUAUAUCUAACUCUUAAACUAAUUCUUGAAGAUUGCAAAGAUGAAAAGCUAUUGAAGCUUAACAGGUAUGCUUUACGAUUCAUUGUAUUGCAAGUUUGAUGUCCUUAAACUUAAUCCAACUUCUGUUGUUUUUCACUUGAGCUGGUUUUCUGCAGCUAGCUUUCAGGAUGCAAUAUUCUGGAACAUACAUAUAUAGAUGAAAACAUGAUAAUGUAAUUACUGGGUUGGUCCGGAAAAUAUAUGUAGUUCUUCCAUGUCAAAGUAAAUAAGAAGAUGUUUUGUUGUUUCUAUGACUUCAUUGAGACCAAAUCUAUCAUAAACAAGAAAAAUUGUUACAUGGUACAGACCAAAUAGGGAUGGAGACAAAAUAUUUAGUGCAGAAUUUUUAUUACUUCUUCAAGUUUCUCUUCCUCUUGGCAAUACUACUAACCACCUAACCUAAGCCUAAGUGGACUUAAAUGUGUUCUUUGUAUAAUCCUAAAUAACAUUAUUUGUUUUUAUUUCUGUAAUUCCUUUGUGUCAGAUUUCUUCAGGUUGGAAGCAAUGACAUGAUGAUGCCCUUUUCAAAUUUCAGAAUUACUGAAGAUGGUCGGUGACAGGAUUGAUACUCCUAUACAUAUUAUGAUUUCUUUGCACUUGUCAAACUAUAUUCAUACAAUUAGCAAUCCAGGAAAUAAAUAAUCAACAGUUUUAUGUUUUCUUUUU